AUGACCCCUUCUCGAUUCACCAGCAAGCUCGUCGGACAACGCGUUCUGUUGGUCGGUGGAACAGGCGGUGUCGGUGUCAGUGUUGCUCAAGCCACGAUUGAGCACGGCGCAACCGUCAUUAUCUCCUCAUCUCGCGAACACAAGGUAAAGGACGUCUGUGCUGCUCUCGUCAAAGACUAUCCCGAAGCUAAAGACCGGGUUUCUGGUCAUGCAUGCGACCUUGCGAGCCCCGACGUCGAAGCAAACAUCGAAGAGCUCUUCAACAAUAUCGGCGAGAUCGACCACAUCGUCUGCAUGGCUGGCGACCGGCUGCCCAUGAUACCGCUGGAGGAAAUCACACUCGAGAAAUGGCAAAAGUGCAAUCAAGUUCGAACAAUUGCCAGCAUCCUCAAAGAUCGCCACUCUUCCAUCACACUGACCGGCGGGUCGAUCUCGGAAAAGCCUAUUGCUGGCGGAUGGUCGAUGCUGGCACUCAUUGGUGCAGGCUUGAAUGGACUGGCAAGACAGCUGGCUUUUGACCUUGCUCCGAUCCGGGUCAACGCAGUGGCACCUGGGGUUAUUGAGACUGACCUAUGGCAAGGAAUGGGUGAGGAGAGUAAAAAGGCAUUCUUUGCAGAGCAUGAGACCAAGAUUCCCACCGGCAAAGUUGGACAACCUGAAGAUUUGGCGGAAGCAUACCUUUACUGCCUGAAAGACUUGAAUGCUACGGGGAUUGUUGUUCAUUCGAACAGUGGAACCUUUCUGGUGUGA